UAAAAAAAUCUGGCAUGUCUCACACUCCCAGAAAGGGCAUCUCACACCCCCAGGGGGUGCGUGCGCCCCUGGUUAAGAACCACUGACUUAAACUAUGUAGAGUAUGUUUAGAUGCCACAGUUGGUCGGGAACUCUUGUGAUAAAAAUAAUUAACAAUUAAAAUAGCAAAUUAGGGGUAAAUUUAGAUCAUUGCAUGCAAUCUCCUUGUCCCUUCUCCAGUCCCCAGCCUAGCUCCUGUCUCCUGGGAAAAGCAUAUCUAGCUAUUCUCCCCAUUGCUGGUUAAAACACCACCCAAUAGCAACUCUGUGCUUAGCAGUAAGGGAACAGCUGGCUCUGAGGGCAGGCUGAGUAUUGCUUUGGUUACAUUUAUUUCAGGUUUACACGUGCUGGGCAGGGGCCAUGUGGGUAACGUGUGUGAGAGACCAUGACCAGUUGUCACGAGGGGUCGCUGGGGAAGCUGGCUCGGGGCUUGCCCGCUGUGGGACUCGCCGCCUGCAGGUCCCUUGCUCGGGUCAGGCCCGGCUUUGCUGAACCGAGGGCGCCCCCUCGCGGCCGCUCGCAGCCCGGCUUUCCGGGAGAGACGCCGCUUGGCCACCCCCGGCCCGGCUCAGGGGAAGCGGCCGGCCAUGAAAUCGGCCUUUGUCACUGUGGGCACGACCAGCUUCGAGGAGCUGAUCGCCGCGGUGACCGCCCCGGAGACUCUCCAGGUCUUGCGGAGCCUCGGCUACGGCAGGCUGGUCCUGCAGGUUGGCAGAGCGGCGGCGGCCCCGGCCCCGUUCCGCACGGCGGCGUUUACACUGGACGUGUUCCGGUUCAAGGAGUCGCUGGCCGAGGACCUUGAGAACGCGGAUCUGGUGAUCAGCCACGCGGGUGCAGGCACUUGUUUGGAAACACUGGAAAAAGGAAAACCACUCUUGGUGGUUGUAAAUGAAAAGCUGAUGAACAAUCAUCAGCUAGAAUUAGCCAGGCAACUAUACAGAGAUGGACACCUCUUCUACUGCACUUGUAGCACCCUUUUGGAGUCAUUGAAGUCAAUCGAUAUGUCAACACUGAAACCCUUUCCUCCUGGACAGCCAGAAAAAUUUGCUGCGUUCUUGGACAGAGUUAUUGGAUUUGAAUUUUUGGAGCCUACUGAAGUGAACAAAACUGGGGAGGAAGAUGCAGUCCUAAACCAACCAAAUAAGCUGUUUUUAAAACAAGCUUUUGGUUGUAGUGAAGUGAAUAAAACUAUUACUAAAUCCAUUCUACAGUUUGAUAAAGCCCCAAUCUCUGUCAGGUGCAAAUGUCUCUGCGCUCCCCGUAUCAUCUCCAUCCCAGAGGUUAUCGCAGAUUGGAAGAUGCAGAAGGGCUGGAAGAAAUACUUCGGCCAGAAAUCCCUCAGCGAGGUCACCAUGGAUGAGUAUCUGGCCAGCCUGGGGCUGUACCGCAAGCUCACAGCCAAAGACGCCUCUUGUCUUUUUCGGGCCAUUUCCGAGCAGCUGUUUGCUUGUCAAAUCCAUCAUAUGGAAGUCAGGAAGGCUUGUGUUUCGUUUAUGAGGGAAAACCAACAUAACUUUGAAUCUUAUGUGGAAGGAUCAUUUGAAAAAUAUCUGGAACGGCUGGGAGAUCCAAAGGAAAGUGCUGGCCAAUUGGAGAUAAGCGCUCUAUCACUAAUCUAUAAUCGAGACUUUAUUCUGUACCGGUACCCUGGAAAGCCACCUACCUAUGCUACAAACAAUGGCUUUGAAGACAAGAUCUUGCUGUGUUGUUCCAGUAACGGCCAUUACGACUCUGUGUAUACAAAACAAUUUCAGGCAGAUGCUGCUGUUUGCCAGGCUGUCUUGUACGAGAUCCUGUACAAAGAUGUGUUUGGCAUGGAUGAGGAGGAAUUGAGAACUGCAGUUGAGAUGUUUCGAAGUGGGGCCAAAAAGAACAGAAACAGUGUCUCUGUUGGAAGUGAGGAUGCAAACUUUGAUUGCCUUCCCGAGAAAGCGUCCAAAACUUCAUCAGAAAGGAGAGUGGAAGACUGGGAUGGCAAUGAUACUGACAACCCACCUGAAGAUAAACUCAAACAAGGCACUGAAGAGGCAAAGCCUCCAGAAAAUCCGUCAAAGAUGCCUUUUCCCUAUAAAGUACUAAAAGCCCUGGACCCUGAGAUCUAUCGAAAUGUAGAGUUUGAUGUUUGGUUGGACAGCAGAAAAGAACUUCAAAAAACUGAUUACAUGGUGUUUGCUGGGAGACAAUACUAUUUAGGAGACAAAUGUCAGGUUCGUCUGGAGCCUGGGGGUAAGUACUACAAUGCUCAUAUCCAGGAAGUUGGACAUGAUGGCAACAUGGUGACCGUGUUCAUUGAGGAGCUGGCAGAAAAGCAUAUUGUUCCAUUGGCAAACUUAAAACCAGUGACACAAGUGACACCUGUCCCUGCAUGGAAUGUGGUUCCCAAUCGAAAAGGAGGAAACUAUCAGAAAAUAGCAGGCGGCUAUGUUUCAGAAAUAGAAAUGUCAGAAAUGGAUAUGAAAUCACGGAAGAGAUUGUUUAAGAAAGUCCGGGGGAAGGAAGUUUACAUGACAGUGGCUUAUAGUAGGGGUCAGCCAGUUCUUCCACCCCGUCUACAGCACAAUGUUCCUUCAGGUCGCUCUUCUCCAAUUAAUUGCUCUCAAAGUUGUGGGAAUAUGGCAUCCUAUGAUCACUACCGUCCUCAGAAUUCUCCUCAGAGGCAUGGCAGGGGAUAUGGAAUGCCCAGGGGAUCUGCCCGAUUUAUAAACAGGAACAACAUGAUUAGCCCUCAAAUAGCAUUCUAUCCUGGUCCAGGGAAGAGAUGUUAUCAGAGCUAUGACAAUUUCUCCUAUAGGUCCCGUUCAUAUAGCCGUAGUCGUCGUCAAAUGCAGUGUGUCAAUAAGGAAUGUCAGUACGGAUUUGUACCAGAGACAGGGGAGGAGCCUCAGGGUUUGGAAGAAACUAUAACUUUCUAUGAGAUUGAAGAAGGAGAUGAGGCCGCUUUUCCUGCUUUACCAAGUCAGGGUAGCCCUGCCCCAAUAGUCCCAGCCCCUGCAGGAUUCUGGGUAGCUAGAAGAGGCCCAAGCCCCAUUCCACCCAGCAAACAGACUCUGAAUUCCUCAGAGGAGGAAGUUGAUGAACCAAGUGACAAUGGGGAAUUCAAUGAAGAAUAUAUGUACACCCCUUCAGAUCCAGACUGUGAAACUCCAACAGUAUUUAGUUCAGCAGAGACUACAGCAAACUUAUCUCUUCAGGAUGGAGGGACAGGCUCUGUCUCGCCUCAAGAUGGAGUUGCUUCAUACAACUAUUCCCAGAAGGUGAUGGUGAAUUCUGCAGUGAUCUCAACCUCCUCUUGUGUUAGUAAUGCUCCAGCAACAGUCUUUUCCUCCAGCACGGCAGCAGCCACUCAAGCCAAUGUUACCACAUCCAUUCCCCCACAGACUGCAGUGCAGCCCAUCUUGGUAUCCCCUUCUUAUGCUGGAAGGCCAGUCCUCAGUACCCCCCUGCAACAAGUUAAUUUCUCGGUCACUAUAUUUGGAAUCAAUCCCUGGGGAAAUCCCUCAGCCUACAUGAUGAUUCCAUCAGUGCCAUACCCAUAUCAUGCAGCUCCCCCUCCACCUCCCCCUGUCAGCGAGGUGGGAGAUAGUGGCAGCAUUCCUCCGCCUUACUCCUGCGAUCCCAGCGGCAGUGAUCUACCUAGAGAUACAAAGGUAUUGCAGUAUUAUUUUAAUUUGGGAUUGCAGUAUUACCAUCAGAGCUAUUGGCAUUCCAUGGUAUACAUGCAACAGGUACCACCGCCAUCACCUGUAGAAGCUUACUCAGCAUAUACUGAGCCUGCCCCCAUGGUGGAUCAGUCAGUACCUCAGCUGUACACUGAUGGGAGGAAUGAUGUCCGGCAAGUUCCCCUGGAAACAGCAAAUGGUACUUUCCAAAAUGUAGAGCCUCCACCUCCAUCCCAUGGAACAGUAUAUUAUCCAGUAGUGACAGAUCCCUAUGGACCGCCACCAUUACCUGGGUUUGACUCUUGCAUCUCUUUAGUACCUGCCUAUCAUUAUGUUAGCCCUUGGCAUCCCGCAAAUCCAUCGUAUGGUAACUCUUCACGACUUCAUAAUACUGUAAAUCCCGGACAGUUGCAUCAAGUCAGCUAUGUUACCUCACCUAAUCCUGUAUCACAUUAUGUACCUCAAAGUAUGUAAGGCCGAGUGAUGUAAACUCACUUCUUGCACUAAAGUGUUUUCUUGUUUUCUCUGUUAGUAUUGUUUCAGUAGUGAAUUUUGUAGUGGCUGGUAAGCUGUUU